GUAGGUGACAAUUUCAAUUCGGGACGGCUCCCAUCUGUCAGUGGCUGUUUAUUUAUAGUUGGUCAAUUCAGAAGUGUGCAAUGUGCGGGAGUUUUUGUGCGUUUGCCAAAAAAGUGUCGCUGUAACAUUCAGUCUUCCGGCGAAGAGGGAUUUGCGUGUGCAACAAAGAUUGUGAUUAUUACGAAAUGCUGGGGAGAAGUUUGUGAUUUUGAGCCAUUGUUGAGUUUCACGGUCGGGUUUAUCUGCGGAAUUCAUAAUGAAAAUGCGAAAGAAGUCAUCGAUCAGCAAAGCUUCACCUUUGCAGCCGCUGGACCCUCAAAUACGAGCUCUCAUUAAGUCUUACCUAGUUGCGAAUAGAAUUAUCUUUCCUCGCUACGCAUGGUAUAUCUAUCCAGCGUUUCUCAUCAUCAGCUUGUUAAGUCGCUACAAGCGACAUUUUCGAGACAAAUACAAACUCAUCCCGAUACCCAAUAAACUCUACGAGUUUUUGACUAAAAACGAAUUUAUCAAGUCUGAGCAUGUGAUGUUUGCAAGUGAAGAUGUUUUCUUCAAAUACACCGAAAGUCGCGAACUGAAUUUCGUUAAUUUAAUUGUGAGCGGAAAGAGCCCCAUAGCAUCAAAAAGAGGAAGCGUUCCAAAGCCGGACAUCGUUAAACAAAUGUUGAACAUAAAUCCACAGACAAUCAUCAUGCAGCUCCUACCUCUGCCGUUUUGUCAGCGAAAUUGUAUAUUCGUACAGGAGAAUUUCUAUGGCAACUUGAUGGAACGGUUUAAAUUUAAUGACUCCUUUUGGGUGAAAUUAGAUAAGUUUGCAGAGGAUCAGGAUAUUCCGCCGAUCGCUACGAAAGCUCACGUUUACAUGCUUAGUAAUCCGUAUGAGCUGCCGACCGACGUGAUUGACUUGAUAUUAGGCAACUUUUUCAACACACCUCGAAUAAUGCAUCGUGGAUACACCUAUCGAGUAGAAGUCAAUGAAAAGCUCCUAGGAACGAGCACGUAUUCUCAGUACUAUCAUGUUUUUGCUUAUUUAAGGAUCGUAUACUUUCGCUGCGUUCAUUUGGAAGUCAAAGACAACGAUUUCCAUUCGCACGCUAUUGUGGCGAAAAAUUUCACUAAUUUAAUCCACACUACCAGCCAAUUUCAUUACUUGCCCCGUCAAAUACUGGACGAUAUUGCAAUGGUCGAGAGCUAUCCAGCCGGACUUUCACGAUUUUAUUUGGAGUUGAGGAGCUCGAUAGCAGCGUUUUUACCGAAAAAUUCCGCCUGUUUGUCAUCAAAGCACAUUUUUCCGGUGUUCUUGGUGCAAGGUGAACGAGGGAGUGGAAAAACCAAGCUCGUGAAAGCAGUGGCACAAGAUUUGGGAAUGCAUCUGUAUGGGGUCGAUUGCGCGGAGAUUGUUUCACAGGUUUCAUCCCAUACGGAACUGAAGCUGAAAGCGGUUUUUACGAAGAACAUAGUAUGCCAGCCUUUGCUGAUUUGCUUCCAUAAUUUUGAGAUAUUCGGCAUUGACAAUGAAGGAAAUGAAGAUUUGCGUUUACUUGCAUCCUUCCAAGUCCAAAUACAGGAGCUCUAUAGCAAAGACCGCUCCUAUCCAGUUAUAGUUGUUGCUCUGACUAACGAGAAGUACCUCAAACCAAUGAUACAUAGAAUGUUUUUGGAAGUAAUUCAAAUCCCCUCCCUAACCAAAGAACAACGCUUCGAAACCCUAAAAUGGUUUCACAUAAAAGAGUUGUAUAACGAAGAAAUUUUCAACAAAGGAAACAUAGAUCGAAUACCGCUAUUUCAUCGUGGAUCUCGUGAACUUUACUUGCAAAAGUUCUUCAAUUGGUCAUAUACAAAAACCAUCCUCAAAGAAAUUGCAGAUCUCUCACAAGGUUUUCUACUGGGUGACCUGAAAUUGCUCUACGACAAUGCAGUUCGCGACAUGAAAGUUCAACGAAGCAAACUAGGAUUGCGGUCCGAACAUUUCGAUAAAAACUUGAAUGCAAUGCAAAAGUCAUUUGCUACCAGUUUAGGAGCACCUAAGGUGCCGAAAGUCCUAUGGUCAGAUAUUGGAGGGUUAGCGAAGUUAAAGGAUGAGAUUCAGAGUAGUAUCGGUUUACCACUGAAACAUAUUAAUUUGCUUGGCAAGAACUUAAGACGAUCUGGAAUAUUGCUUUAUGGUCCUCCGGGUACAGGAAAGACAUUGGUCGCUAAGGCAGUUGCAACUGAAUGCAAUUUAGCUUUUUUGUCUGUUCAGGGACCGGAGCUCUUGAACAUGUACGUCGGGCAGAGUGAACAAAACGUACGAGAACUAUUCUCUCGAGCCCGUUCGGCUGCUCCUUGUGUCCUGUUUUUGGAUGAAUUAGAUUCUUUAGCGCCGAAUCGUGGCGUUGCCGGUGAUUCGGGUGGUGUGAUGGAUCGCGUAGUGAGUCAACUUCUCGCAGAAAUGGACGGAAUGAAUGAUCCAUCCAAACAGAUCUUCAUUCUUGCGGCAACAAAUCGACCAGAUCUCAUAGAUCCUGCUCUUCUCCGGCCAGGACGCUUUGACAAAAUGUUCUUUGUCGGUCCCUGCACAACCAAAGACGAAAAGAUUGCUGUGCUGAAGGCACAAAUGAAGAAGUUUAACUUAUUCAAAGGUUUGGAGAUCGCUGCGAUAGCUGAAAUGUUGACGGAGGAUAUGACUGGUGCGGAUUUGUAUUCAAUUUGCUCGAAUGCUUGGCUGUCGGCCGUGAGGAGAACUAUCAAUGCACAUUUAAAAGGAAAACUGAAAACGGAAGAACUGACCCCAGACCAGGUUAUAGUGAGGCUAGAAGACUUUGAAGUGGCGUAUGGUAAAUUUGUUCCUUCAGUAAGCAAAAAGGAUUUAGACUAUUUUAAUAAGUUAAAAGUGACGUACAGUUCUUGACUGGUUACCAAAUAUACAAAGUUUACUUUGAAUCAAAAUUC